UCCCAAUAGGGCGUACAAUUGCUGCCUACGAAUAGGAACUUGUCAAGGAAGGACUUUCCACAACAGUAGACCAACUUUUGGGUGUUAAGCAGUUCUGUACAUUUUUCCAAUCCCGUCACAUCAGUGGAAAUACUAAAAACAAUUAAAGAAAGCCAAAGGAAACCCACAUAUUGCAGCACAAAAGAGGGCAUUUUAAAGAUACCGCUGUAUACAGAACAUGAACCAAACGAAAAAUUUUGAAAAGAGAACAAAGUUCCUAGAACUACAAAAAAAUCGAUUUAUGUUUCGGCUGCCAAAUGAAGUAAAUUACUAAGCAAAUCAGCAUCAGUGGGUUAAUUUGUGGAUAGGUGAUCUUUUUCAUGUCAUCUCUCUGCUAGCCACACGCAAACCUAUUUUUCGACAUUGAGUUGAUUCAUUCGGCUUUCGAAGCAUUAGCUAUGCGGACAGGGCGUAUACUUGUUGCCUUGAAUUUUCUGGCCUUAAUAGAUCCUUUUCAAUCAGCCAAGUGCAAGGCAGCUCCCAAAUCUGUGCAGAAUGUUCAUGUCUGUUGUCCAGCACCAAUGCCAAAUUGGGCAGUUUAUAAUAGCGAGUGCCAUAAAUCUGGACCUCAGGCAAGCUGCCGUCUGGCUUGUAUCUUUAAUGCCAGCUCAGUUCUGCAGGGAAAUCGAUUGAUUCAAGGCAAAGUUCGACCCAUGUUGGAAAGGGCAUUUGCCAGCGAACCCACCAUCGAUGUGUAUGAGUCAAACUUUGCCAGUUGUUCAUCGGUGGUUAGGGGCAAAUACCAGAAACUUUCUCCAUUGAGUCGUCAAAGUGACGCCUGCGACAGACACGCCCUCUUCUACAGCCUCUGUGCAUAUGCCCGCUUGAUAUUUACCUGUCCGGAUAAAAUGUGGCAGCGGAAUAAUAGAAUGUGCCAAGAAGCCAAGGCCUAUGCGAAAAAUUGCCCAUGGCCAGCACUAAAAAUGUUCAUGAAAAACACUUAA